AUGCACUAUCGGAUCUCCGAGGCAUCGCACGUCCGACACGGAGGUCGACGUAGGUGGAAGACAUGCCCCGCCCUGAAGAGCAUUAAGGUGAUUCGAUUGGUCCCCGGAGCGGCCAAUCAGAUUAUCCACUCAGGAUUCCUUGGCCUCUUCCUCUUGUCUUCGGUCCUGUUUAUUCACCGAGGGGUGCCUUUGGCUUCAUAUAUUGUUUAA